ACAAGCCAGUGGAAAGAUUCGUCGUCACACAGUCUACGGUCGUCACUGACGUCGUAGCGCAGCCAAGGGACAACAAUCACCGAGAGCACGCGCUGAAUCAACACGAAGAAAUGGGUCGCCUAACAGUACUGUUACUCUGUCUGGCUCUUGUGGUAUCAGUUGUGGCCAGACGAGGAGGUGGCGGUAAAGGCGGUUUCAGUUGGGGAAAAAGUGGGGGAAGCUCAAACAAAGGUGGAAGCAGCACAGGAAGCCAAAGUGGCAGCAGCAGUAGCAAUAAAGGCACUUCAUCACAUGGGACACACUCGUCCCCUGGAAACUAUCCUCGCCAACCUCAAGCACCAAACCAGAAUCCACCCCCCUACCCUGGUACUGGAGGCGGGUAUCCGGGGCAGGGCAGAUAUCCACCAGCAGGCUCUAACCCAGAUCAAGGAUACCCUAACCAAGGAAGCUACCCAGGGCGUGGUGGUUACCCGGCCCAAGGUGGUUAUCCACAAGGUAACUACCCAGGGCGUAGUGGUUACCCAGGACAAGGUGGUUACCCAGGGGGAGGAUCUUAUCCAGGAGCAGGUUCAUACCCCAACAGGUACCCUGGACAAGCCGGAGGAUAUGGAAAUCCUUACCCAGCAGGUGCAGGUGGAUAUCCAGCAGUGGCGCAAUAUCCUUACUGGAACCCCAACAACAAAAUCAUGAGCCCAGGCUACGGCGGCAACUACGGUAGUUAUGGGUACGGCGGCAGAUCACCUUUCGCCCAGUCAGUGCAUAACAUGGGUAUGGCCCCUUCAUAUAAAUCAAAGGGGUUUGGCAAGCAGGCUAUUUUGGCUGCUGGGGCUGGGGCGGUGGCUGGUAUGGCUUUGGGAUAUGGCCUCGGAAGUUUCCCUCGCCCCCGUUUCAAUUUCCACAGCCCGCAGGAGGAAUACUACUACAAUCACUACAUGUACAGACGUUACGGCCAAACUCCCCCUGACAGUAACGUGAACGGAAACUCUAACACUCAAGGUGGAAAUCCAGGCAAUGCAGGAUCGGCCUCUGCGGGACAAGGAAACGUUAACCCUCAUGACAUCUUCCAGAAUCCUCCACCGCAGUCCUAUGAUAGCUUCAUGGACAAGUGUGUGAAGAGGACAGACUUGCUCCGAGAGAAACCGGAAGGAAGAUCGAGGAGAUCCACUGACUUUGUUGAGGCUCAAGCAGCAGAAGUAGCCGAUGAUCCUACUGGUGCUCAAGAAAAUGCCACAAGCAACAACAGCACUGCAGAAAGAGACACAUCCGGAAGCUCUUUAUUUGUAACCUCAAAGCCGCCCGAAACACCCAGUCAACCUCAAAAGCAGACCCAUGAAAGAAAAGCAGAAGCUGACGGUGAUGAGGAUGACACUGUUAGCAUUAUGGAGAUCGGCUAUCCUGCGCUCAUUGAGCAAAUGAAAGCACGACGUUGUGUCGAGCUGUACAUGGUCUAUGCGGAACAGCAUGCAGAAAAACAGGUGCAGGAUCGCAGUAACAUAGAUGAUAAAACCAGCAAUGGUAGCGGUGACUUACCUGGACCCUUUGGCCAUGGAGUCAUGCUACUCUAUACUAGCAUUCUGUCGCUCAUCUUCAUUUCCCUUCUACACUGAUAUUCUGGAAAAGGUUACACAUAAAGCCAUUGAGUCAGACUGAAAAAUGGACCGUUCUCACCCAUCAGAUGUUAUCUGAGGAUCUGAGGACCUUUAUUAUCUCCAAUUUAAACAGAAUUGUGCAUGGCAUUGGCAUUUGACUUAUUGUUUUCCACUGGCAACAGCAAUUACAACAAACCCAUUAUUAUUUUGUUGUAACAUGGAAUGGCGACUUCCAGCUCUGUUCUGAUGAUGGCACUCCUACUUGUGUAGUACAUAUGGAAAAUUUUGUGUUGUAAUGUUAUCUCUGAUUGUUUGGACUGUUAAUUUAGGCAUUAACUUUCUUCUGAUGUAUUUAUUUCUUUUAAAUUAUUAUCAUAGACAUAAUUUUCAUGGUUUUUCACAGUCCUCCACUGUUAGUUUUGUUAUUUUUACUUUUUAGAGGCCGUUCACAAUGAACAUGUUUUUGCGUUCUACUCCAUUGUUUUUCUGUAUAAACAUGCACUAGAUGGACAUUAUUGACCAUUGACUCUUUUGCCGUAAAAACACAUAAACACUGCAUUUUUAGAAUGCAAUGCCACAUUAAAAGACAUUCAAAGACCUUGUGUUUUUUCAUUCCACGUUCCACGUUUUUAAAUGAAAAAACACUUUCUGUGUGAAUGGCUUCUUAGUAAAUGUUUUUGUGAUCAUAACUGUUUGCUUUUUAACUCAAUAUGUACAAUAAUAGCCCCACUUGUCAGUUUAAUUCAUAUCAGAUGUACAUGUACUAUGACACUCAAAGAGAUU